AUGAGCCAGACACAACACUUGCCAUCCGACUUUCUCUUUGGUUUUGCAACAGCGGCGUAUCAGAUUGAAGGGUCCCCUUCUGCUGUCGGCCGCACACCCUCAAUCUGGGAUGUUUUCUGUCAAUCUGAAGGAGCGACUAAGGAUGGGAAGUCGGGAGAUGUGGCGACCGAUUCAUUUAAUCGAUACAAAGAAGAUAUAGCUCUCCUAAAGACGUACGGCGCAAAAGCGUACAGAUUUUCCCUGUCGUGGUCCAGGAUUAUCGACUUCAACUCGGCUUCCGGCACUGAUGUACCCGGAAGCUUUGACCCAAUCAAUGAGAGCGGUAUUAAAUUUUACAGACAAUUCAUCGAGGAACUUCUUAAGGCUGGAAUUACUCCCUGUAUCACUUUAUACCAUUGGGAUUUGCCGCAGGCAUUGCAUGAUCGUUAUGGGGGCUGGUUGGACAAGAGAGUUGUGGACGACUUCGUCCACUACGCAAAGGCUUGCUUCAACGCUUUUGGGGACGUCGUGAAACAUUGGAUUACUCUCAAUGAGCCUUGGUGCUCCUCCGGGUUGGGCUACGGAUAUGGGAUUCACGCCCCGGGUCGCUCCAGCAAGAGCCGUGGGGGAAAUACUGCCACUGAACCAUGGAUCGCUGGCCAUCAUCUAAUUCUCGCACACGCACAUGCGGUUCGCUACUUCAGAAGUAACGUAGCGCCAUUACAUGGUGGAACAAUUGGCAUCACAUUAGAUUCCAGUGCAUAUCUACCGUAUGACGACAAACCUGAGAAUGUACAAGCUGCCCAAAGGGCAUAUGACUGUCGACUUGGAUGGUUCGCUGAUCCAAUCUAUAAAGGGUUUUAUCCCGCUGCGCUGAAGGAACUCCUGGGAGAACGGCUCCCUCAGUUUACCGAGCAAGAGAUUGCUAUUGUUAAGGGAUCAUCUGAUUUCUUUGGUUUGAAUACAUAUACGACGAAUCUUGUUGAGGAAGGCGGCACGGAUGAACUUAAUGGAAAAGUAAAAACAUCAUUUAUCAGACCAGACGGGACCCAACUAGGUACUCAGGCACACGUCCCUUGGCUUCAGACCUAUCCCGCGGGAUUCAGAGCCUUAUUGAACUACAUCUGGAAGACCUACCAAACUCCCAUCUAUGUAACUGAAAAUGGGUUUGCCGCGAAGAGCGAUGUUACUCUGCCUCUUCCAGAAGUUGUACAUGAUGUCGAUCGUGUCGAAUACUACUCCGGUUAUACCGAGGCACUUCUGCAGGCUAUACACGAAGAUUCAGUUCCUGUUAAGUCAUACUUCGCCUGGAGUCUUUUGGAUAACUUUGAAUGGGCCGACGGCUAUACUACUCGGUUCGGAGUGACGUAUAUCGAUUAUGAUACGCAGGUGCGCUACCCUAAGGAUUCCGCCUGGUUCUUGAAAAAGUGGUUCGAGGAUCACAUCCAGAAGGCAUGA